UGUGCCACGAGAGCAUUCUGCGAAACCUUCCGCAUCGAAAACUUCCGGGAAGCCAAGCCAUGCGGGAGCGCCAUUUGCGAUUUGGAAGGUUGCAAUCGUACAGAUGAAACAAACACCUUAGGGUUUUGGAAUGGGUUCUGAUGUGGCUUCGGGCGUCGGUUAUCGGGGGCAGUUUCCCCCAUCGCCACGGCGGUAACGGUGUAGGUACAUUCGCGGGAAAAUGGAAACGAAAUUGCGAAACGAUAGUGACAAUGGCGCGAUGCAUGGAAUUAUUUUUUUUUUUGGUCUGGGCCAAAGGCCUCUAGAAGAAACCGGUUUGGAUAGAUCCGCCCCGGUUCCACAACAAAAGCUGAAGCACGCUCUAAUUGAAGAAAAGGAAACAGGUGAAUUUUCAAUGUUCCUCCAUUGCAUGCUAUAUGGCGCCACUUUCAAGUCCUGUGGGAGCUUUGGAUUUUCAAUUGCGAUUGAGUGCGCGCCGUGCUGCAUCGCCUGUGUUUCCCUUUUGUCUUAGCACGAAUUAGUUCUCUUGGGCUUCGUGGCCUUCUGUUGUGGAGCUGCCUCUUAAAACUAAGGUAAAGAGAGCAGUCUCGAGAACGGGCAUACCUACUGCUCCAAAUUUAAAUGCAAGCUGGCCUGCACUUUGUCUAUGAUUCUCUGCAUUGCUCUGCUGAUCCUGUCUUGUUCCUUUCCUUUCAAUUUGAUACCUCGUGGAGCUUCCUUGAAUGGUUUGUGACUUUCUUCUUCGAAGCCUCGAUGAGAUCUGGUCACCCUUAUUUGUCUGCUGUUCAAUUGUGUUUGAAGCUUGCAUCCAACCUGCAUAAGUGUUCGCUCCUGUCCUGCUAGCUAGCGGAGCCUCCUUUUGAAUUAUGUCCUGUAUCGGUGUGGGGGGGUUCCCAGUCCAAUUUCUCUCAAGUUUUCGCUCCGCUUCCAUUGCUGCCGUCAUGUGUGCCAGUUGGUUACCCUCCUUUGGGGUCCAGGGCUGAGCUCGCCUUGAUUCUGUUCGUAGCCCCCAUGAGGAGUCUCCCCCUGUUGUCUCUGAUCAUUGUUGCUGUUGCUCCUUCUCCUGAGUUGCAGUUGAAGGCUGCAUCCACAUUGGCCUUGAUCCACUCCCCUGAUGGUGGCUUCCAGAACGGUGGCAGAGAAGAAGCUAUCCAUGUAGUGAAAGAACAAACACUGCAUCACCUCUCUCGCCUCCUCAAGGAUUUCAAGGUGGAAGUGGAACCUGCUACUCUUGUGCUAUUAGGCCAACAAUGCAAAAAGUUUUUUUGGCCUCUGCUAUCGCUACAUAAUGAAAUUGGAAUGGAUCCACUAGUCAUUAGAGUAAGGGCAGUGCCUGGGCUUGUUGCUGCGGAUAACUUUGCUCUUUGGUCAGUGUUAAUUCAAAAUUUGGCAAAAAUUGGAUAUGAAGGGAAGAACGUGUACAUGGCUUCCUAUGAUUGGAAACUUUCUUUCGAAAAUACUCAGGUUCAAUUAUUAUUUCAAGAGUAAACCUAUAAUUAUAAUCUCUGGAGAGGUACAAAAAUUGAUGGACGCUAGCUAUCUAGUUAGACUUGUUGGAGACCCAAUACUGAAGGCAAUCCUGACUCUUGAGGUUGGUGCAGUUUUUUUUUUCUUUUUUACUUUAGUCAUGAUUUCUCAUUGUUCAUUUUCUGUGCAUAUUAAAUAAAAAUGUUUUGCUCCUUUAAAAAGUCAUUCAUAAAAAUUUAUUUCCACAUUGGAAUUUGGAAAGAAUGAUGGAUAUCAAUGUGGCUAGAAUCAUUUUUGAGAUAAGCAUAAUGGUUGAUCUUACGAGCAUGGUAGAACAGUGGGAUUAUAUUCAUGACUCUUUUGAAUAUGUUAAAAGAAAUGCUAUACACUCAAAUGUUUGAAUGUUAAGAAGCAUGGUAUGCAUGUCAUUCAUAACACGGUCUAUGUAGAACUUUGUUGCAAAGGAUUUUACAUAGAUGGUUUUAAGUCUGGAAAAAAGAGGAGGAUGAAUGAUGGACCCAAUUUAUGAUCUUAAAAAUUGAGAUAUGACAUCCUUGGACCCAAUUUGAAAUAAAGGAGGAUGGAAUACAUUGCUUUUAUGAUAUGAAAAGAAUGUGGCAUGAUGUAUGUAAUCCGAUUGAUCUAAAAAAAUAGUUUUUAUGAUCUCAAAGAUUGAGAUAUGACAUAC